AUUGCAAGUUCUUUACGACGCCGUAUGAGCAGCCUUCUUCUAGCGCGGGUGGCAGUUCACGAAGCCCUGCAAGUACAGAGAAUACUAGUCCGCUACUUCCAGAGAGAAUUUAAGUGCGAAAGAGAUGGACGAAUUGAGGAAACUGGAAGAUGUCCAGAGAAUGCUGACGUUUUUACAAUCUCGAGGCCUUGUAACGACGUCGUCGCAUGACGACUCGAGUUCCUUUCUCGCCAAGCUCAUCCUCUUCCUGGUACAACCAUGUGGAGAGCUUGAUUUGGGGAAAAAGUGCAGUUUGGUUUCAGAAUAUACGCCAAAGAUUUCUGCUGCAUUUCUCAAGGAAGCAUCCAAAUGCAUUACCGGCAAAGGCCAUGGAGAAAAUUGUGAAAAUGCUUUGCAGCUUGACUGUGCCCAUAAGCUGGAGUCUAGUUCAUUGCACACUGAUUUUGAAGAGAUGGCUAUGGUUGGACUGGAUGCAAUGCAACGAGCAAAUUCUACCCUUGAAGAUUUUUGCAGAUCUUAUUUUAUGUUCCAUGGAAUGGAUAUAAACAAACCACAGUCAAUAUUCCAAUAUCUACCUAUGCUUUCAUUCACAGAAAGUUACAUUUAUCAGCUUGAUGCUUUGAAUGAGAAGACACUUCAUGCAGCAAGCAGUGAAAUGACCAUUUCAGAAAGAGGAACUGAGGUGGAAGGUCAGUGGCUAAUUGCUCGGUGUGCAAGUUCAUUUAAAGGUGCGCCAUUCAGACCACUGUCAUGUGUACUUGAAUGUCAUGGCCUUUUGACAAAGAGGAUGCAAGAUGAGUUUAAAUCUGGAGAAGAGUAUUGGGCGCUGGAAAGAAAGCUUUGUUAUGCACUGAUGAAUAAAAUGGAGAUAGUUGUUGAAGAUGUCGUAAAGGCAAUUCAUCUGAAAUCCUUUGAUUACCGUGUGCUGAAUCUUUUACUGUACCGGUUGAGGGGUGAAGAGGUUGAUGAGCUGCAUAUGGAAUUUUUAUCAAUCUCAGAAUUCCUAGUUGAGGUAGCUGAUGAUCUGUUUGACUAUGAGGAGGAUGUAAUAGAAAAUAGUUUCAAUAUUUUGCGCAUGUUUGUCAAAAUGUAUGGAGCUUCUGCACCAACUGUGCUGGCAAAAUAUAUAGCUGAGGCUGAAGAUAAGUACAACAAUUUACUGAAAAGGCUCGAUCCACAGCUGUCCUUGAAUUACCAGAGAAGAUGUGUAGAAGCAACUAAAGAGGGAGGGAGUGCGUCUGCACAUCCACUCGGAGCAUGGAGUAUACCACCUCUAAUACUAGACGGGGAAUUUUAUCGAUCCAAUAUGUUAGAUCAGAGAUAAGAAAUUGUAAAACCAGUCUGGAUUUUGGUUCAGUGUCAGCAUUACAGGUUGUUAAAUUAGAAAGAUAAUCGCCUGGAAAGGUUCAAUUGGUAUGUCACCUUGUGUCUCUCUCUUUCAUCACGUGGUCAUACAAUACAAUCGAUUGCAAGGAAGAUUCUCUUAAACGGCGGUGAUGCGACUUCUAUCUUAUAUGGAAAUUGUUGGCACCGUUUAGCGUUUGAAUAAUUCGGAAGUAGUUGAGACUUUUUAGCUUAAA